AUGCGAAAAAUACCAAGUCUCGUUUCUCUCUCUAAACCCUCGAUUUCUCUGGCUAAAAUUGUACCUGGGUUCCUUGCUCCUCCUGUCGGAUCGUCCCGACCCGCAUUCCCUCUGGCUCCGAAAUUCGCCGAAUCCGAAUCACCCGUCGUUGAUUCUGAGCCUGAGGCUUCUGAUUCCGGUCCUGUGGAGACCGCAGAGGAUGUGGAGAUCGCUUUGGAGCAGCCCAAGAGGGAAGAGGUUUUUGCUGUCGUCAUGGUGAGUGGAAAGCUGAGAAGGAAAAUUCCCAAUGUCGGUGGUCGCCAAUACAUAGUCUUUCCCGGAAGAUAUCUCUACACUCAGAGGCUGAAGGAUGCAAAUGUCAAUGAUAAGAUUGUCCUGAACAAGGUGUUGCUUGUCGGCACAAAGACACACACUUAUAUCGGCAAACCGGUUGUGACCAAUGCCGCUGUUCAUGCAGUGGUGGAAGAUCAUGGCUUGAAUGAUAAAGUGGUAGUAUUCAAAUACAAGCCGAAGAAGAAGUACCGUAGAAAUAACGGGCAUCGACAGCCGAAUACCAGGAUUAGGAUUACAGGCAUCACAGGUUAUGAGGAUUAUCCUGCCGCCGCCAAUGUUGCCGUCUAGAGAUUGAUGAGGAUGAACUUUGAGAGAAGAACCUCUUCGAUGUUAGUUCAGUUUUCAGAUUUUUUUUUUGUACGUACCCUUGCACUAUUGCUUGAGUAAUGAAAGCAUUUCAUUUUUUUUUUC